UCAGUGCAUGUGUUCUCCCCUUUCUUCUGUUUAAUCACCUUCUUCUUCUGUUUUUCUUGUUCUGCAGGAGAUCAGUCAGAUUUGGGUUAUAACUCGCUGUCCAAAGAGGAGGUUCGGAGAGGAGACCCCAGUGCCCAGGACGCUGCCCCUGACAAGGAUGAAAAGAAGGAGAGCGACUGCAGCUCCUUAUCUGAGACGGAGAGCGCCAAAGGAAGUAAAGACUGCCUCCCUCAGCUGGACGUGGAGGUUCACUCCUCUUUCAAACCGCGGGGCAUCGUUCGCAGCAGCUGUGCAUUUGACGACUCGUCCUGUAAACCCAAGAGCUCUGUCAGCACAGGCCAUGUCGCAGGUCUCCUCUUCACGUCCUCCCUGGAUGAGAUCGGCGAGGUCCGGACCAACAGUUUGCUCAGGAGACACAGGAGCGCUCUGGAAGAGGUGGUUGGCAGUGCCAGCAGCGGCUCGGCUCUGGAGUGGCAGGGGGUCAGGGGUAGCUGUCUGAGUGGAGACACAGUGGGCAGCAGUGGCAGCGGCACCACCGUCCUCGGCCUGGGCAUGAGCCAAGGUGAAACAGACCCAGACAAGAUCGCAGGUCACCUGGGCGCCGAUGCCAAAAUCCUCUCCGGUGCCAACUUCAGUCAGAGUAAGAGGCCGCGUUCGCUGGCUUUUGGUGGAUCAGAGGGCGCUGCUGCUAAGACUGGCGCCGCCAGACGUCUGGAUCACAGGGAGGAGGAAGAGGAGAUGGAGGGACAGGACUCCAGUGAUGAGGACAGAAGUAACACAGAGGCCAUCUUUGAUUUGGAGGAUCUGGAUUUAGACAAGCCUGCGACCGGGCCUGGCGUCAACACUCAUCAAACCCACAGACAUAAGAAACUCGUGGAACGCAGCGCCAGCUACGGUGCCAUGAGCCCCGGGACGUCCAGAGGAGCCGUCAAACGCACAGGUAUUGAGAUGGGCUACGACCCUCUGUCGCUGCUGGCGGCAGAGUCCCAGUCCAAGCAGCAGGAUGAGGAUCAGUACCCAGAAGGUGAUGAGGCGAGCACGCCAAGCUCCGGCAGGCACCUGGCCAGGGAGAUAGAGCUCUACAUGAACCACAUGGGCAGCCCAAUGACCAGCCGCACACCCAGUCUGGACCUGCAGGACCCAGUCAGCCCCCUCCUCCUCCAUCCCUCUUCAAUCUCUGGCCCCCGCAGAGCCAGCCUGCCCCACAGCUCCUCCCUCAGGACAACUGGAGUACCACGCUCUCGCACAUACCACCCGCCCUCGCCCUCCCAGCCCAUCUCACGCCAACGUCUGUGGUCGUCGCCCCCACGUCGCAGCUCGAGCACCACCCCCAGCCCCAGCCCUCGACCCAGCCCCUACAAAGACAGGGCGGACAGGAUGAGCCUGGCGACACCUUCACCGUCCUCCUCCUCCUUCGCUCUUGACACUCUGCUCACACCAACGCUGGAUGUAUUCAAAACCAGUGUGGUCUCUGCUGGGAAGGGGGUGGCAGAGAAGGCGAGCCGCUGGUACUCUCGUCUGGCCACCUACACCACACCGACCAAGGACGGUCACAGUGACCGUCUGAGUGUUGGGGAUCCAGACGGCUCCUCCCUGCUGGAUGAGGAAGACUGUGGGGCGUCGGAGCACUCUGUGGUUUCUCCACAGAGGAACGGCCCCAUUGGUCCCUCAGGACCCCGCAGGAGCCCCCGACGCAGUCCCCUCCGCAGCAGACUGGACAGCCCCUCUGCAGGUUCCUGCCAUAUGAGACCCACGUCUCUGCUGCCCGGAUGCGUCCUCUCGCCCCCGGGCUUCCCUCUGCCGGACAAGUCGGACGCCAGCUCCUCACACUACACCAGCAACACCAGCAUCUUCAACAACUACGCCAUGGAGCUGCUGAUCUCCAGCUGUUCCCGCUGUAAGACGUGCGACUGUCUGGUGUACGACGAGGAGAUCAUGGCCGGCUGGACGGCGGACGACUCCAACCUGAACACCACCUGCCCCUUCUGUGGAAACCCCUUCCUGCCUUUUCUCAAUGUGGAGAUCAGAGACAUGAGAGGACCCGGCAGACUUUUCCUGAAGGGCAGUCCAUCAGUGGACGAGGCAAUGACAUCAUCGUACUCCGCCUCAACGGGUUUCGACACAGGGACGUCCACCUUGUCCACACCCUGUCCCGCAACAGCUGUCUCCCCUCCCUCCCCCGUGAUAGCUGUCCAGGAGUGUUCUGGAGACGGAAGGACCAGAGCAAUCGGGCCUCAAGGUAUCAACAUCCCCUCAGUGGGCCGGCAGGGGGUGCCGUCCCCUGGAGCGGCCAUGGCCCGUAGCGUCAGCGCCUUUAAUCCUCUGGAGGAAGCAUCCCGACCCAACCGCUGUGUGCCGACGUCAGGCAGCCUGCCCAGCCGUCUCAAUGAAACAUCAGAUCCGCUGAACAUGGAGUGGCGGCUCCACAACCCUGAGCCAGUGACCGUUCCCUACCUGAGUCCGCUGGUGCUGUGGAAGGAGCUGGAGAGUCUGCUGGAGAACGAGGGCGACCCGGUGAUCACGGAGGCCGACAUGGUGGACCAUCAUCCCAUCAUCUACUGGAACCUGGUGUGGUACUUCAGACGGCUCGACCUGCCCAGCAACCUGCCCGGACUCAUUCUCACGUCUGAGCACUGCAACAGAGACUCUCAGGUUCCUCGUCACUGGAUGUCGGAGGACAGUAAACACGUGUUGAUCCAGAUCCUGUGGGACAACCUGAAGCUGCACCAGGACCCCAUCCAGCCCCUCUACAUCGUCUGGAACACCUUCAAUGUUGGUUACCCUCUGUCCCGGCCGGUCCCGGAGGAGGAGAAGCCGUUCAGCGAGGAGUUGCUGCAGAGCGUGGUGAAGAGCAUCCAGAGGAACGACAUCAGCCGGCCAAUGGCUCAGCUGCUGCAGCUGCUGGGUCAGACGCUCGGGGUCAAA